GACGAUACAAUAUGGCGGACGGUGAUUCCAAAGAUUCCAAAAAUAUUCAUUCAGCUAACGCGGGGAAACUUCGGAAAGUGUACUACGACAAGUAUAAUGUGACGGAUUUUCUUGACAAGCGCCUUUAUGAUCAAAGAGACGUCGAUAAUGUGGCCUCAAAUGAUUUGUAUGUCAGCCAGUUCAUCAGAUCAUUUGAAACUAUGGAAGAUGCUGCAAAUCGACUUCACGAGACAAUGAAAUGGAGGAAAGAAACAGAAGUAAACGAUUUGCAAGAAACAACAUUUGACCGAUGGAUAUAUGAUGUAGGAGCAUUGUUUUACUGCAACCAUGACAAGGAUGGCAGGAAAGUUUUGGUAAUCAGAGUGAAAUAUCACAAGAAAGAUGCGGAAAAACUUCCAGGGGUGAAGAAAUUUUUAGCGUAUCAUAUAGAGACUGUGUAUAAAGAAGAUCCAACAAAAGAGCUUGUGAUCUUGUUUGAUAUGUCAGAGGCAGGUCUAUCAAACCUGGACAUGGAAUUGAUCAAAUUUGUCAUUACAUGCUUCAAAAUAUACUACCCUACUCUCCUAGGAUACAUGCUGAUUUUUGAGAUGCCCUGGUUAUUCAAUGCUGCUUGGAAGAUUAUCAAAGCCUGGUUAAGUCCACAGGCGAUACAGAAAAUCAAGUUUGUGGGCAAGAGUGACAUUCAGGAGUACAUAAACAAGGACCAGUUAAUGGAACACAUGGGAGGCACAGACAAGUUCCAGUUUAAAUAUGUCCCACCAGCAGAAAGAGCAGAGGAAGAAAACAAGUCAAGAAAAAGGAUCCCCCAACUACAACAUAAGGUGACAUUUGCAGAGUCUACUAAAACCUCAGAUGGAGACAGAUCUCCAGAUUCAUUUAAAUCACCACAAGGCAAAAGUGGCAUGAAGAGGAUAGGCAUACGUGGGACCACUACCAAGAUGGAACCAGGGUCAGAUAACUCUUUCAUCGGCAGGCUGCUUACCAUUAGUCCUGCUGAGGAGCUAGAGUUUAUCAUUGAUGAUAGCGGAAAAGAUGCAUCCGAUACCAUAUCUCUGAAGAACACACUACCCUAUCCUAUCGCAUAUAAAGUAAAGACCACCUCUCCAGAGAAGUAUAAAGUGCGGCCAUGUUUUGGUGUAGCUAAGCCAGGAAGUACUGUGGAGGUUUUUGUGUACCUACAACAAGGCUAUGAAAACACCAUAUCUAAGGACAGGUUUCUGGUGAUGGCUAUGGAGGUGACCACCGAUUCACAGGACAAGCUGGCCGAGUUGUGGAAGACGAUACCAAAGGAAAAUAUCAUGGAACACAAGUUGAGAUGUGUACAGUCGACAAAGACUUCAGCUGGACAAAGUGUUGGAGCAGGUUGUAGCUCAGAUGAAAAUGUACAAACACUUUCACAAAAGGUCGACAAUCUGAUGGAGAACACCAGACAGACACAGAGGCUGCUGAAGGCCCUGGGGGCUCUCCAACUUGUCAUCAUGUUUUUAUUGUUUGUCGUACUCUUCCUUCACUACCGCUCCACACCUGAUACCAGCUACAGUUCUUGUCCAGGGGCCGCUUGGUGAGACGGUGGUUUACUCAAAUCAAACUGGUGCUUCCUACAAAUAACUAUUACAUGUUCAUAUUGGGGUAUGAAAAACACUGGAAAGUAUAUUUAAAUAUCAUUGACAGAAUUAAAAUAUUACUAGAUUUAUAAUGCAAUUUUAUUUUUACUAUGUAGUUGGUUUAAUUAAUUGAAGUUUAUACAUUACAAUCAAAGCGUGCAUAUAUGCUUUUCUUUCAAACCUUUUUAAUUAAAAUAAUUAUUUUCUUAAUUCGAGGUUUCCUGUUUUACAAAUGUUGUGACAUAAAUCUAGGAUUUUGUAUUCAUUUUAUGAUAUAUGUAAAAUUUGUAGACCAAAGUGCUGGAGCGUAUGUGAAUGUGUUCAUUGUACGAGUUGGCAAUGUGUCUUAUUUGAAUUACGGUUUAUUUUAAUUUUACUGAUUGUCUUGUUGAUUGGGGAAACCUGCCAUGCAAUAAUUAAACCAGACACUUUGAGAAAUGCUAAUUGUAAAUGCAUAUUGAGUAUUUUUUAUCAGAUAAACAGUGGAACUGGCUAAGGUAGAAUGUCCUUCCGCCUUUCUACUGUAUAUAUUAAGUCUCCAUAAAUUAUUAAGGGUACUAUGCUUGUCUGUAUGAAUAUAAAGACAAUUAUAAGCUGCAAGCACAUUUAAAGAAGUUGCAAACUUUUGAAAAUUUUAUCAGUUUAUAUUACCUACAAAAAUUUAUAAAAGUAUUAUUGAUGGUUGUGUAAUCGAUAAUUUCAACAUCAAAAAAUCACGGGAUAGAAUCCAGCAGUCCUGGAUCUGCUCUGUCUUUUGUGAAAAGGAAACUUAUUCACAUACUUGGAUUACAUAUAGGGCUAUUUCAGUCAAAUAACAGGACUCGAGAUUUGUCAAACACGAACCUCCAACAGAAGUGAUUUAGUUAAAAGUUUCCCUAUGCUAUGCUAAGACAUUUUCUCAAGUACCCAUUGUGUAUAGAAAUGAUCUUUUUCUGGAGUCCUCUCUUUGGGUUAUAUGUUUUACUGGAAUAGCCCUUCCAAUGAAUUCUAUUCUGUAGUCUUAAAAUACCUGUGUAUACUGUAAGUGAUGAAGCAACUCACAGGUUUGAUGAGAGCCUAACAAACUACAAAUCUUCUUUGUGUAGAGAUUCAACACAAAUGGGACAUUUCUAUUCCUUUGAAAAAAAAAAGAAAAUCUUGACAUUACUAUUUUUCAGAAUUUAUGAAUUAUAUGCUGUUGAAUUCUUGAUUUAAAAAGUCAAUAGCCGUGUAUACCUUUUCAUAGUCUACCAGUAUUACAAUCUGUGUUCAGUAAGAUAUUUGAAUGUUGUUGAGAUUAAUGGGAGUCAUUUUAUGUUAUACUGGUAUAUAAUAAAAUUAAAUGAAUGAUACAUCAGCAGGAUGCCAAUCUGUGUUCCUGUAUAUGGUGUUAUAAUGAUCGUACUGUUGUCUAUGGAAUCAUUAUCAUUUAGAAAUAUCGGUCAAGUACAACUAUCCAGAUUUAGACUAGAGCCUGAAGUUUACUUCAGUAUAUUUUAGCAAUAUUCAGUGCAAAUGUUUUGGUUCUCAACUGGAGAUUUUUGAAAGUGAAAUUUAUUUCCCUUAUGAAAUACAUUUUUUACUUAAAAACUUAUUUCAGAACAUAAUGUAAUAACAAAUUAGCUUCAGAACAACAUUAUUGAAUUUAAACUUAUCAAAACUCUUCUAAAUCAGUUUAUGAAAGCUUUCUAAACUGAAGACCACCGGUUUGACCUCCAGAUAGAUACAUGUAUAUGAAUGUACUUGUAUACUGUGUAUGUGAUGAUAGAUUCAAUACAGAUAGCAUUAAUAUUUAAAUGAGAAUGAAAGUGAUACCAUAAAGUGCAUGGGAAUAAAUAUUUGGUGAUUGUAUGAUGGCUACUUGUAAUUACUGAUUGAGAAAUGUCACUGACAUAGCUGUGUCUAUGGUGUCAGGGCCAGAGGAAACUCGGGCUAAGCUGUGUGAAGACUGAAAACAUGUGGACAAAGAAAAUCACAAGAAACUUCUUUCAAAAUGGGUUUGAUUGAAUGUUUUCAUUUUCAUAUUUUUUUUUUAUUUUGUUGCGUGUUGCCAUGACAACUAGAUUUGCCAUGAUGUACACAGUUCCUGUUAUGUUGAUGUAGUUAGUCCCUUAAUGUUUAAUUACUUUGAUCGAAAUCAAAUUAAGAUCAUAAAGGUGUCGUGGAUGUUACCACUGUUUUGCUACGGCCAAUAAUUAUUUGUUGUACAUGUUUUAGGCAAUAUCUGUGAUAUUUAUAUACGAGGAUGAAAUAUAUCCCCAGUCGGGUCUGUACCAAUGGUAGAUUUCAUGAGAUGUUGUGAUUUACUUCGUGUGACAUGAAAUGUUAUCGCUGUAUCUUUAUAUGUACAAACUGCUUGUUUUUCAUACCAAUAUGUGUAAAAAACAUCAUAACAAGUUGCCUUACCUGCAUAAAAUACAAGUAUAUUAAGUGCUGCGCUGUGGCAAGCUUUGAUAGGUCAAUCCUAAUAUUGGCCAUAGAAUAUCCUGCUCAAAUCUGAAAAUACUCCUUUCUCUAUUUUUAUUUUUUUUUUUAUCAGAAUUAAAUUUUUUUAAAAAUCAAGUUUAGAAAGAUGAAAUAUAAUCAAAAUGAUAUAAAAACAUGGGUUUGAAUACCAUCUACAUUUUAAGUAUAGACAAAUGAACUUUUAAUUUGAGAGCUUUUAAAAUAUCCGACUUCUUCAUCCUGCAAGGGCUUCAACCAGAUGUCUGACUUCUGCAGGAUGAAGCAAGUGAACACUGGUGCUGGCAUUGACUAUAGUGAAUUUGGCUCAUAAUAUUUAUAUCGGUCUAACUCCAGUUAUUCAAUUAAUUUGAAAAAUUUUAACUGUAAAAGCUUAAGUUUGGCAAAUAUACUGUAGCAUCUAUAAUUCCACUCAAUGCCCAAACGUAAAAUAAUCAAUACUAAGUAGCUUCUAGAACCAUUCUAUGCAUAUUUAUGGAAAUGUAUAUAAACAUUAUUUAUCUAAUCAUAAACCAAGGUCGUUUGUUCCACAUUGGACAUAGGACAUUUAUACAGUGAUAAACCCACCUAUGUAUAUUUCAGUCUAGCAAUAUUUACCUAUAGCUAACUAAUGCUUUUUCAUAGUCCUGCUGCAGGUCCAAGCUCGGGUCCUACAUGGAGUCGAAGUUUGUGUUCAACCAUUUGUGGUAUUACAGGAUAAAUAUAGUUGUACUGAAUGCUGUCAAACUGGGUGUACAUGUAUGUAGAUACAAGCUUUAGAAGGUCCGGUAUUUAUGUCUGAAGGACAUUCGAUAUAGAGUACUGAGUUUAUUGGUGCAGUUAUGAUAUUUCAGGAGGGAAUAACACGUUUUUAUUUUGCAAUGUUAAUCAAUGUUAUGAUUUGCAGAUAUUUAUUUCAUUCAUUGAUGAAUAAUUUGUAUUUGUUGUGAUAUGGAAAAAAAACUCAAUGAAAUACAUAUUUACAUAAAU